AUGGCUUCAACGCAAACCCAACCGUCAGAUCCGAUUCAGAAGCUAUUUGUGGACAAAAUCCGUGAAUACAGCCAGAAGUCGAAGACAACGGCCGACGGAUUGGUCGACGCAAACGAGAAGGUCUUGAAAGGACUGAAGGAAGAGAUGGAAAGAGUGGCGCGAAGUCAUCAAAUCAAAGAUGAGACCAAUUUGGCGAAACUCGACUUCAAGUUUGACGCAGACGUCAAAUUAGAUCCAAUCAAUUUGGUUAAGGAUUAG